AUGCUGCCACAAGAGAAAGAAAUACGCCCGUCAUGGAUUGGCCGCCUCAUGUCCUGGAUUUUGAGAGCAGGAGAAAUACCUCAUCAUGUCGCUUUCAUCAUGGACGGAAAUCGCCGCUUCGCACGAAGAUCAGGAGAAGCACCCAUUCAUGGACACAAACAAGGUUUUUCAAAGUUGGCGGAAGUUCUGUCCUGGUGCGAAAUGCUCGAGAUUCCUGAAGUGACUGUUUAUGCCUUUUCUGCUGAUAACUUCAAGCGGCCACAAGCUGAGGUCGACGGCCUCAUGAGUUUGGCAAGAGAGAAGUUUCAUCAGCUUCUAUCUGAACAAGCGAAGCUCAAAGAAAAAGGUGUCAGAAUACGAAUGAUUGGGGAAAUCGACCUUCUUCCUUCCGAUGUAAGGCAACCUGCAGCAGAGCUUGAACAGAAAACGCGCGACAACAAGACCUACACCCUUAAUAUUUGCAUCGCUUACACUAGUCGUUUGGAAUGCGUCAACGCUGCGAAAAAGCUACUAGCAGCGUCUGAAAGUUCCAAGGGACUGGCAAUAGAUGAACAACUCGUAUCGAAGUCGAUGUACUUGUCUUCCCCGCCGCAGCUGCUGAUAAGAACUUCUGGAGAAGCUCGACUGUCCGAUUUUCUUCUAUUCCAGUGCCAAAAAGCGCAAAUCUGCUUCGUGAAGCCGUUCUGGCCAGACUUCUCGCUCUACGAUUUCCUCGGCUGUCUGCUCAAGUAUCAGAAGGUGGACCCAAGAUCAUCUUACGAAGAACCCCUUUCUGCGAAACAAGAAAGCUACCUGCGCAAGCUAGAAGAAUCAAGAGCAAAACAACUGCAGUCUUAUUUAAAGUAA